AUGUCGUUCUCACAGGAAAAUAUUGCCCCCGACACCCCCACCUCCUCCACCCCAGGAUCAGCAUCUCAAACACCUACUCAAAAACCGCCCUACCAAUCCGCUGCCUCCUACUUCUCUUACCCAGUCAGCCACGUCGUCUCAGGACUCUACCGUCGCAUAACAGACCCAGAUAUAGCCAAAGAUAUGCCAUCCGUCAUGCCCUGGUCACGCUCUUCCUCCUCAUCUGAAGUGUUCACGCCACGCCGAACAGCCUCACCUUUCCAACCACCACCACUCACACCUCUCAACCUCGAGAUCCCCACAGCAGCACACCUCCUCCAGCAACAACUCCUCACCCGCGCACUAGCAGAAGAAAUCAGACUGCUAGUCCCGCCCCGCCUCCAGCUCGCCGAAACAUGGCGUCUAGCAUACAGCCUCGACCGCGACGGCGCCUCCCUCUCAACUCUCUACGAGAACUGCGCCGAGUUCUCCCACCGCAGCCCGCGGGCGGGCUACGUCCUCGUCGUCAGAGACUCCUCCCCCUACAGCUCCGUCUUCGGCGCCUAUAUGACAGACGCCCCACACCCGGACUCGCAGUUCUUCGGCACAGGAGAGUGUUUCCUGUGGCGAGCUAGCGAAGGACCUCAAUCCGAGGAAGUCCUUGAGCGUGCGGGUCUCCCUCCUCCCCCCUCCGCGGACACAACUACCGCUGCCCGCUGGAGUACCUUCCGCAAUGACAAGUCCAAACCCGUUCGGGCGGAAUCACCCGCUCAUAAUCUCAAUAUGAAUAUUAAAACCAAUCUCGCGGCUGCGAGCGGUGGUGUGUUGGCGCCGCCCUCGCCUUCUUCCAUCCAUACCCCCUCGCGGAGCGGGGCGAGUACCCCCGAACGCAUUCGCUUCAAGGCUUUCCCCUACAGCGGGGUUAAUGAUUAUAUGAUCUUCUGUGAAACUGGAUUUCUCAGUCUAGGAGGCGGUGAUGGCCACUAUGGCUUGUGGCUGGACAGCAGUCUCGAAAAGGGCGUUAGUGCGCCCUGCCAGACGUUUGGCAAUGAGCCCCUUUCCGAUGAAGGUGUCAAGUUCGAUGUUCUUGGAGUUGAAGUGUGGUAUGUGGGCUCUUGA